AUCAACGCCGUCCUCUAUAUAUCCCCCCACAGGUUCUUCGUUAGCUAUCACAUAUCACUUCUGGCAUAUCUCUGUUGCGUUGCCCUCGCUGCUGCUGCGCUUGCCUGCCUGCCUGCUUCGCUUGCCCCUCCCUCGAAACGCCGGCCUGCUCAGUCCGUUCCUCCUGCCCGCUCAACACGCUGGUCCAUUGCUGGCUACUUUGCUGGCUGCUUGUUGUUGUCAGAAAAAGUGAGCUUCGAUAAUAUAGACUAAACCUGAGCACAGUGACCUUUUCCCCGUUUUCGCCUUCUCAUAUCUCACCCCCCUUGCCGGCACUGUUGCUUUGCUCGCUCCUUCUGCCAGUUCCCUCGACUACGCACCAAAAUCAACAGCCAAUCUGCUGCAACCUAGAAGAAAAGCGCCCGUCCCUUCCCCAUUUUUUUUUUACCCCAGAUUUCCCUUAUAAUAUAAUUUUUUUUUCCUGCUCGCUUUGGCUGCUUCGCGGUCUCUGCGUUCAGUGUCUGGUCUGGCUGGAGAUUGUCCAUCUUGUUUGUUGUACCUACCCUCCUAGUACGUACCUUACCUAGUCGUUUGUUUAAACCCUCGUGAACUCUUUUCGUCCCCAUUCCUGGGGAACGUUCGCGCGGAACAUCGCUGUAGGCGAUCGAGAUCGCUUCAAGAUUUUAGUGGCUCACAAGGAACACGUCAGUUAUCAGAUCUAAAAAUUAAUUCCUUGUCGCUCCUCCUUCCGCCGUCAUUUCUGCUGCGGGUACGAUCUGACAGGAAAACGGUUUAUGCUCUUUCACGACUGAACAAUUAAAGAAGCUCUCGAACAUAGGCAUCGAAUUUGCUUUUUUGUACAUCGCUUCCUUGGGUCUUGUGCUGCAGGUCUGAUCUUUUCUCGCUGGUUCGUCAAUCGAAUCGUGUGUGCCCAAACCCCAGGUCCAUUGAAAUCGGGUCAGAUCUGAUCGACGGGUUCAUCACUGCACACGUAGCAGCGUCAGAUCCAUCAAUAAAAUUGAUUGCAUCGAAUCCGAUCGCGUACAUCGUGUAGGAAAACCGGGCCACGAUUCUGCGGGGGCAAAAAAGGAAGUAAGGGUAGGGGCUGAAGGAAGCCUUUUGGCUCAUCGGAACAAAAAAAAGCUUGACUUAUUCCUUUCCUGGAACUGGCGAUUAUCCACAGACCUGUCAUUGAGGUUGGCUGCUUAAUUAGUGGUGGAAUUAAUUUUUUUUUGGAAACGAAGCAGCAGCCCUGCAACCGACGACAAAUAAGAAAGUCCGGGAAUAUUGUUAAUGAGCCAUACUCUGAUCCCUUCGAGGGACGAUCCCUUUCAAUUAUCAACUCCCGUGGAGCCCAAGACACCGAUGCAGUUCCGCACAAAGUCCCCGGUACGCUUUUUGCUGUUCUUACCGUUCUCUUUUCCCUUUUCUUGUUUUUCUGCCUCCAUUCCAUCCUCUGCAGAAUCGAUCAUAAUUCUGUGCUCUCUACCUUAUUUUAAAUGAUUUUCUCUCACAAAAUUCCUCUCCAUCUUUUAAAUUUCUCCGUGAUUGUUUGCAAUAAAAAAGAAAAUUGUGAAUUGCCGCUCAUACUUGCCAUCCAGGCCCAUCUGCCGCUCAUAAAGCAACUGCAAAGGCAGAGCGAGCUAAGCUCGAGCCAGUUCGCCCUCCUCUUGGUUGAUGCAAAUGGGCAUUCCCAAUUGGUUGGGUCAGAGGCCUUUAGGGAGCAUCUGGGUCGUUGGCUGCCGGAUGAAGUCCGCAAAGAUGCCUCUCAAAUUUCUGUCGCUGCGGCGAUGAAGAAGGGGAUUCAGCGCCAUCAUCGUAACGACUAUGACAAAGAUCACCAAUCACCAAACCGUGGCUCGAAUGGAGUGGAUAUCGACGGCGACAUGGAGGACGAAGAUGAUGGUAAUGAAGGGGAUAUCGAUGGGGGGCAAUGGGCAGACGCUGAGGCCGACGAGGAUAACCAUGACGGCUCAUCCAUUCAUCAACAGUCGACCCCUCCAGAGGAUUCAGACUGUCUCAGCUCUCCAAAGGCUAUGCGUGCGAACGGUGAUUCUGGGAUACUGCUACCGCCUCCCCCGGCAGACCAGCGACGAAUCAUCCGAGCCAAUGGUGCCAAUCGUAAGCGCCCGGUUCAACCAGAACUUCAGACAACACCGGCCAAGAAGCGAAGAUCGACGGUUAAGAGGUCUGUUCGACGGGCCGAUUCGUCAUCGGGCGAGUCUAACGAUGUCGUCUUGCACGAAGAGAUAGAGUACAAAGGGUUGGAUAUUACUAAUGAGGAAGAAGUCAAUACCUUUUUUGAAACUCGGCUACGCCAGAUGCAGCAACUCGUUUGCAAGGUCGUCGCAAAGUGCUGGAUAAAGGUUAUAGAACCAAAGAAGCAGUCGAACUUCCCAUACAACCGAGGCGAGGAAAGUAAGCCCUCGUGGUGGCCACCAAAUGCACGGCAUAAGGAGCCUGACCAUCUGAUGAAACCGGGUAAGACAAGUUUCUGCAGCUUUGCGCCUGGUUAUAUAUAUGCUUACGGUAAUGUGAAGAACGUCUACGAUUGCUUUUGACGAUGCUGCGUUGUCGCAAAGUCCCAGUUGCGAAGUUGGAGGCUGCAACUGCGGAGGCCACAGCUCAUAUCCCGCCGGAGAAGGCUCCUCUUCUGGAAGAGAUAUACCGUGUAGCCAAGAUGGAAGAACGUUAUCGCUCCGGUGGAUUAGGUAGCCAUUCUUUAAACCUGGAUACAAGGGAUGAUGUUUGCUGAUCGUUGCUAAAGCUCCUGGGACGUUGUGCUUUGUUGCGGCUUCCGAGAAGAUUGUCAAGAGCCCAAAUCAAAAAGUUCCAUCCCCAAAGAUGAACGGGGGCUCUUCUUCACCAAUAAUUGGCGCGUCGGGUGCAUUAAGGAACAUGGGUCGCAGGAUGUCAAGUGCACAAAGCCCAGGACAGCCACAACUCUCGCCCACUAUCACCAAUGGAGAAUCAGGCUUGCGAGCUGCCCCAAGGCUGAACACCGACAUUGUCACAGGAGGCUCGAUGUCUCAUAUCCAGUCGCAGAACCCCUUUCGUGGGAAUAGGGGCCAAUCCAACGUUCAGCCCCUAAAUCCACAAGCAGGGCUAGGCUAUAGCACAAACGGAUAUGUGUCGCAGACAUCCCCUGUUCACGAUGAGCAAUAUAUGGAUCAAAACCAGAUGCCAUUAGGCUACACCCCCUACCUUGUGAACCCGCAACAACAGCAGCCUACACCGCACCGUAAUUCCAUUGCUACGUCUCACGGAUAUCCUGGGGCCAACCCACCUCCUCCACACCCUUCCCUUCGCCGGACUCACACCAGCCCUAAUAUUUCACAGCAAUCGCAAUCCUAUGCCGGAUGGCCCUCCCAAAUGCCCAACACACCGCUUGUAAACGGGAUGUAUUCACCAUACAGUCCCAACACCCAGUCUCAGCACUCGCCUCAUGGGUCUCAUAGUGGACACCCGAGCCGUGGGCCUCAGAGUGCGAGUAACCCCCCAACACCUGUGACGGCAACUUCCUAUCAGCAGUUGCCUCACCCCUUGCCUCCGAUGCACCAGCAAUCACAACUGGUAACACCUCCCUCUCAUGAUAUCCCGGGUGGGGAUGAGCGAGGCGAACAACAAUUUGAAACCCCAGCAAUGGCGGGCCCAAUUAGGUCUGGUUCUAUCCAGCAUCAGCAUUCACACAUUAGUCAUGUGAGCUAUUCCGAUUUUUUGGAGAAUGAGCAUGACUUGGGAGCCGUCCAGGAAAACGCUGUUAGUGUUGAGGAUGGGCAGCAAGGUGGAAGAUCGAAGUGA